AUGAAAAUAAAGUUUAUAGAAACAGGGGUAGAAUUAAUAAACUGUAUAAAAAAUCAAUUGCUAGGUUCAAAAUAUAUUAAGUAUCAAUCGUUGAUAAAAGAAGAUAGUAAUAUUUUUAAUUUUAAUAAAAGUAAUACUAAAAAAAGCAGAAAACAGAUAAAAUCGAAAAUUGGAUUAGAUAGUAGAAAAAAAAGAUAUUUUUUUAUGAAAAUUUUGGAUAAAAAGUGUUUCUUGUCAAAAUUAUUUUUCCACAUUCCUAUAUUUUCAUGUAUUUUAUGCUCAUCAAAAGUAUCUAAUUGUGAUGAGUAUAAAAUGGACAAAAGAACAUCAUCUACAUUAGCUAUAAAAGACCAUCAUGAAGGACAUAGGCACCUACGCUUUAUUUCUCCAAAUAAUGUAUCAAUUUGUAAAAAGUCUAAGAUAUCACUGGAAACAUCUUUUAGUUCUCAAAGUAUUCAAUUUCUUGAUGACGACAUUAUGGAUCAUGUAAAUUAUUUAACUCAUCCUAUUUACAUAUUUCAUUAA